CUCGUCAUCGACCCCUUUCACUGCGGCUGGAACGCUGAGCGGACUGGCCCGCUUCUCUCAUCCGAAUCUCGGCGCUCAUUGUGAGACAUAACCACUACUAUUAUCUUUUAGUUACCACCGGAUCUUUUGCAAAUGCAGGCGAUUAAAUGCGUGGUGGUCGGCGACGGGGCCGUGGGUAAGACCUGUCUGCUGAUCAGCUACACCACCAAUGCCUUCCCUGGAGAGUACAUCCCCACUGUCUUUGACAACUAUUCUGCCAAUGUGAUGGUGGAUGGUAAACCAGUGAACCUGGGUCUCUGGGAUACGGCAGGACAAGAAGACUACGACAGGCUCAGACCACUGUCUUACCCACAGACGGAUGUGUUCUUGAUAUGCUUCUCCCUGGUCAGCCCGGCUUCCUUUGAGAACGUCCGAGCUAAGUGGUACCCUGAGGUGCGUCACCACUGCCCCAACACACCCAUCAUCCUGGUGGGCACCAAGCUGGAUCUGAGGGACGACAAGGACACCAUUGAGAGGCUGAGGGACAAGAAGCUGUCCCCCAUCACCUACCCCCAGGGCCUGGCCAUGGCCAGGGAGAUAGGUGCUGUGAAGUACCUGGAGUGCUCUGCGCUGACUCAGCGAGGGCUGAAGACGGUCUUUGAUGAGGCCAUCCGUGCCGUGCUCUGCCCCCCGCCCGUCAAGAAGAGGGGAAAGCGAUGCACCGUCUUCUGAACAGCCCCUGCCGUCCCCAGACCUCCAGAGCCCUCCCCCCCCCCCCCCAUCCGUAAGGAGCUUCGAACGGUCAACCGAUAGUUAGUAUUACAAAACAUAACCAUGACAACAACCACUACUUCUCUGAGAGAUGAAAGAAGAGAUGUGAGAGAUAGGAAGCGAGUGACAGAGAGAGAGAUACUGCACUGCUGAGCUUUUUUCUAAGUUAAAUCUUUGUUUCUUCUAAGAUGUUGCUACAGUACAGAUACAACAAAGAUAACUGGACAGUUUUUAUUUUCUUUAUUUUUUACAGUAAAUUAUUAUUGAAUAUGUAAAAUUUUUCACCUUGAGAAAUUGAUCAAAUCACUUUUGAGUCAUCAUUCAGUUUUUAUAUGAGGGGGAAACUCAAAUGAACAACCGCACCUGUGGACUGUAGCACAGUCUGUCCUCAUCCACCUCCCUCCCCACCCCACCACCCUCAACCUCACCCCA